AUGCGGCUUAACUUCCCAAGGACCUAUGCACUGCGGAGGGUGCGUGAUGCCUUCAGGGCCAACAGGAAAGUAGACGAUCCAAAAACUGUGGCUCGACUGAUGGAGGAGGGACAGCGGACAGUGGCCGUGAUACAGAGACAGGUCUCUCUCACACACACA